GUCCCACGCGCCUUUCCCUCGUAAAAUUCAGCAGUGCAAGCGACUGAGGUCACCUCUGCACCCACAGGCGGUACAGAAGCGAAGCCGAAGGUAACAAGAUGUUCGAGCAUGGACACCGCGGGGGUAGAACGAAGGAGCGCGUUGCCGCUAUGUUGCUUCAGCGAAUUAUCCGGGGGUUCAUCGGCCGCAGGCGCAGCGGUCAUAAGAGAGCCGGUUGCCGGCGCCCGGCUCCCUGCGGCUACCGCCGCAACCACUGCCAAGCCCUCCCUCCGAACCACUACCGCCCUCCACCGCGCCGGCACGGAGGACACGGGGGGAGGAGGCACGCCCAUGGAGGGGGGGGGCACGGGCACGGGGGGGGCGGGCACGGACACGGGGGUGGGGGGCACGGGCGCUAACACGACGAGGUGA